AUGUCUAACCCAGAGAAACCCCCUCUCCCAGACACAGACGAAAAGCCUGAAGCCCUCCACCGGGAGUACACACUGGGUCAGGAUGGCGUCAAGUCACCACAUCACCAGGGCGACUACUCCGGUGCGCGGAAGAAGACAGACCCUGUAGAGAUUCGUCUGGUCCGCAAACUAGAUACAUGGAUCAUGCCCACGUUAUGGCUGAUGUACUGGCUCAACUACCUCGACCGCAAUGCGAUCGCCUUGGCGCGGUUGAAUGACCUCGAGGAGGAUUUGAACUUGUCGUCGUCCGAGUAUCAGACUUGUGUUUCUAUCUUGUUCGUGGGAUACCUUCUGGGACAGGUUCCGAGCAAUAUGUUGAUUACUAGGGUGAGACCAUCGUGGUAUAUGGCUGGAUGUAUGGCUCUGUGGGCUGUUGUUAGCGCUAUUACAGCUUUGGCAAAGGACUUCAAGGGACUGCUGCUCGUCAGGUUCUUUCUUGGUGUUACUGGAGCUCUUUACAUGUUAUCGAUCUUCUACACACGGAAAGAAAUCGCAACUCGCAUCUCGAUCCUGUAUGCCGGCAACAUCCUCGCAACCGCCUUUGCCGGCCUCAUCGCAGCAGGCAUCUUCCAUGGCAUGGAUAACCUCGGCGGUAUCUCUGGCUGGCAAUGGCUCUUCAUCCUCCAGGGCGCAGUCACCUUCCUCAUUGCCGUCUUAUCAAUCUUCACACUCCCCGACGAUCCCCUGGUCACCCGCUGGCUCACCGAAGAAGAACGAACCCUAGCCCACGAACGCAUCGUAGCAGAUACCGUCGGCGCCCGCCACCAAACCAGCACCUUCAGCGGCCUCAAAGAAGCAGCCCGGGACCCGAAACUAUGGCUCUUCGCCUUCAUGCAACACAUGCACCUCGCCGCAAAUGGCUUCAAGAAUUUCUUCCCCACAGCCGUCGAGACAUUAGGCUUCUCGACAACCAUUACUCUUGUGCUGACCUGCCCGCCGUACUUAAUCGCCGGAAUAAUCUCCGUGUUUUGGUCCUGGAGCUCCGGCAGGCUUAAUGAGAGGACUUGGCAUAUUACUGUUGCCAAGGCGAUUGCUAUCUUUGGGUUUAUCCUGGGUUGUGCGACGUUGAAUACCGGGGCGAGAUAUUUCGCCAUGGUGGUUUUUGCUAUUGGUACUUAUGCGGUUAAUAGUAUCGUGUUGGGCUGGGUGAGUAGUACGUGUGGCCAGACUAAGGAGAAGAAGGCUUCGUCUUUGGCCAUUGUUAAUACAAUUGCUAAUGCUUCGUUUGUUUGGACUCCGGUAUACGAUGGCGAUGUCCUCCAGUGCGGCAUUCUCGCUUGCCUGUGCGGCCAGUGCGUGGGCAAUGAAGAUAUGGCUUAUUCGGGCGAAUAG